GUAACCUUUCUUUAUCCAUUACAUAUAUUUCUUCCAAAUAUCUUUCACCCGAGUCAUUAGUACGGUGUAUGCCGAUAGGCACAGAUGGCGCACUUUAAAAUGAAAUCAUCCAUCCAUCCAUCCAUCCAUCCAUGUACCCAGUGUAUCCCUAGCCCUGUGAGUUUCAAGUGGCCAGGGGAAUCUUCAUUCACCGGAUAAUCAUACUGUCCUCCAUUCGGGCACGGGCACGGCUGGCAGCAAUCCCAAAACAUCCGCUCUAUCGGCCGUCGCCACGCUAUCCUUGACGCCUUCACACACACACAAGCCGGUUUUAAUCAGAACUCCCUUGGAGUCUGGCCAGGGUCCCUUUCCAGCAACAUGUCUGCCACUCUUCUGGUAGCACAUUUGCUGCUGUUCUUCGGCACCUUCUCGUUGACUUACAAGGAUGCGGUGUGGGGGAAAUUUGCACGUCUUGCUGUCGCCCCAAUCUUGAUUCUUGCGACCGCGAAGUACGAGUAUGAAGGGAGAGAGACAGUGAAGACUAUGUAUUUCAAACCUGUUUUGAUCUCCAUCAGGGCAGCGAUGACUUGGAAUCACAUCUUUAAAGCUAUCGAUAUGUCUUUGGUUAGCCUAUACGAUGAGUCGCCGCCCAUGUUGGUAUCACACGAGACAGGCCAGAAAGAGCCUCUCCCUAAGACCUUGGGGGGUCGUUUCAAGUACACCUUGGACCAGUUCUUUGUUUGUUCCGGGGCAAGCUUCAUAAAUGGGAAACACUGGGAUUAUUCACCAUUUCAUGUGGCCAACUACCGCUCUCCAUUCGUUUCAAGGAAAUCCUUCAUCCUUUCGGCCGUUAAACGAGCAAUGUUCCAUUAUAUUCUUGUCGACGUUGGAGAUACGUUUGUGAAGCGGCACCUUACCUUUAACCUAAAUUCUCCUAAUCCCAUCUUGGACCUACCGCCUUGGGUUCAAUGCGUCACUGGGGUAUAUACGGCGGUCUAUCUGCAAUCCGUCCUCUCCAUUAUCGAAGCAAUUCUUGGAAUCAUUCUCGUCGGUUCAGGACUUUCGACUGAUUUGAACAAUUGGCCGCCUCUGUUCAACCAAACGUUCUUAAGCCCGUCGAUUUCAUAUUUUUGGAGUCGGGGUUGGCAUUCAAUUAUGCGAAGGAGAUUCGAGAGAUCUUCUGUGCCAAUACUUGCAUUGUUUGGCCUACAAUCGUUGAGCAAAUCCCGAGGCCAACACAAACCUGGCGAGGGGGCAGCGCUAGGCCAUCACUUCAUAACGGUCAUCUUUGCUUUCUUGACCUCAGCAGUGCUCCAUUCCUUCAUGGUUCGACGGAUCUACGAAGUUUCUGGCGGCUCUGUUGACAGAACCUCCUGGACUCUGUUCCAAUUGUACACUGAAUUCUUUUUCUUUGCGGUACAACCGCUAGGUAUCGCUGUGGAUCGUGUCUUUGCAUCUCGGGGUAAUUCCUCGACGAUCAAGUUCGUUCGGCGGAUAUGGGUGUGGACAUUUAUGGUUUGGACAAGUCGAUGGAUUUCAGACACUUUUGCGAAGACUUAUACAUGGCAUGGUAAGGAAGUUUUCGUGCCUAUUAGUGUCGUGAGGGGUUUCCUGUAUGGGGAUUGGACGGGGCAUGAAAGCGUUAGAGUGGCUUUCGAGAGGCUAGAGAUGGCAAGCAAACGUUUUGGAUCUUAA